CACUUUUCUUAUUAAGCCAUCCUCUCUCGUCUUUGCCAUGGAACCUUACUUUAUACCCGUGACUGUAGUUGGAUCUAUAGCCGUACUCCUCUUUAUUUGUGCCCUUCUUCUUUUUUAUCGUGUGCUCACAGGAAGGACUAGGAUGGUCAUCACCCAUUCUCCUCGGGGAGACUCCACCGUCGUCCGGGUCCAGGUCUAGAGCGUCCUUGGUUUUAUUUAAAAAAAACUCUCGACUUUGAUCUUAAUAA